CCGUAUUCCUGUUGAGUGCUGACCUGCUGACGCUGUUCUCCGAAGAGAAUUACACGUUCAGGCAGUGCUCUCGAUUGAUUAAUUCCUACAAUCUCACGGGGUCCGUAAAAAAUCGGUUGACGUGUGAGAAGAGCUUCUCAGCAGUGGAAAUUGUGAAUUUUAUUGCGAGAGAUUCGUGCUCCCCCGAUGCACUGUUAUCGCUGAGGCAAAGGGCUUAUCCGUCAGAAUUACAACGUUGGCCCACCCACUGUACCGAGACGAAGCUCAAAAUGCCACUGGGAAAUCACGUGCCACUCCAGGAUAUGGGGGCUGGACGGGGUCAGGGUGGUGGAGGUCCUCCUCAGAACUGUAUGAAGGUGUUUGUUCAGAGGGACUACACCCAGGGGACAAUGGUGAAAUUCCAAACGAGAUUUCCACCCGAGCUAUCCGACAGAUUGGACCCAGAAACCUUCGAGUACACGAUAAACCAGCUGAACAAUUACUUUGCCGAAGCAGAGAGUGGCAGUUGUUCAACCUACUGCGAAGGAUGCCUAGCAUGUCUCACAGGUUAUCUAAUAUACAUAUGCACCGAGACCCACUACGAAAAGUGUCUUCGUAAAGUAGCGAAAUUCAUCUGCGAACAGAAUGACAGAGUGUACAGGCCACGUGGUUUACUCCUAACCGAUCCCACAACACGUGGCCUAAGACUUAUAGAGAUAUCAAUACUGGACAGGCCCCCAUCGUGACUGCAUGUUAGCCAAUCCGCGGAAUUCUUCAUGUGACUCGUUCUGCGUCAAUGCGAUUACCACCGGUAAAAAGUAUAAAAAAAUUUUAAAAUCAACCCCUCGUAACGCGCAAUUAUCGUCUUCAUUACCUGGCAAGUGUGAUUCGUCGCGCGAUUACAUGAUUUAUUGAUGUCAAAGAGCGAGGGAAGCCCCUUCUUGUCACGAAUUUUGUAUACAAAGAAAAUAAUAAAUUAAAAAACUGCCCCAGGUUGCAAGGUUUAUUCAGGUACAUGGGGUGCACAUUGUUCUUUAUUUUUGACGAAUUUUACUUCACUAGAUGAAAUAAGUAAGAUAACUACGGUAGAAGGAUUUACAGUUGUAAUACUAAAGUAAACGAAGGUGAAUGCAUUUAUGGAGGAACUCAAGUUCAAAAUACGUUUGGAGAUCUCAGUUUAUUCCAUUAUCUUCCUUUACCCCUCGUUAAUCUUCCAGUUAUUCCCCCUCAACAAAAGAUUUAUCCUGCUCCCAUAUUCAAAUUUUUGUUUCUCCCACCGAAAUCACUGAAUGGCAAACAAAAAGAGGGAUAAAAACAGCGCGAUACGAGAUUACGAUUUUUCAUUAUUUGCAGAUGCAAUUCCUCAGGGAAUUUUUCGGUCGAAGAUAUCCACGGAUUGGCUAAUGGUUAUCCAAUAAAUAAAACGAAGUUUGAAAAAUGCGAAGUGCAAGUGCGUUUUGACACUACAAUUGGCGGUUGAUUUGCGAGCAAUUAUUCGUGGCUGCGUUGAUCUUUCUGAUUGCAAUUAAAAGUCUGAAAACCAAUUUUUUCGAUUCUACUUCGUCCCCUUUCUCACGUAACUUGCGAUCAAUCACGCUCGUUCCAGCGACCGUGAACAAUUGGUUUUCGGUUCUUUUUUUUCGAUUAUCAAAACGCAGGAAGACAUAAAGACCCAUGUGUAAAUAGGAGAAUAUGAUUCGGUAUGUAUGAUUAUUGAGGAGACAAUGGUCUUGUUAUACUUAAUAUGAGAACUAUAGGGAAUAAGGAAACGGAUUAUGUAAUUAAGAGAAACAAUUAUUUGACGAUCGAAUUAACGACUGGACACUGAGUCACUCGUACCACUGUAAUUUCUAAAUGUUUUAAUAAUAAAAGGAAAAUGAAGGGAA